AUCAGCUUUCAAAUCUCAAUCUAAGUAUUCAAAGCAUUCUUCUGUAAUACUCUCUUUAAGCUUAACUUCACACAACAAUGGAUGCUACUAAGACAACCAAAGGUGCCGGAGGGAGAAAGGGUGGCCCAAGGAAGAAGUCCGUCACCAAGUCAAUCAAAGCUGGCCUUCAGUUUCCAGUCGGUCGUAUUGGUCGAUACUUGAAGAAGGGUAGAUAUGCUCAGCGUGUAGGAUCUGGUGCUCCUAUUUAUCUCGCUGCUGUUCUGGAAUACCUUGCUGCUGAGGUGUUGGAGUUGGCUGGAAAUGCGGCAAGAGACAACAAGAAGAGCAGAAUCAUUCCUAGGCAUGUGCUUUUGGCAGUGAGGAAUGAUGAGGAGUUGGGAAAAUUGUUGGCUGGUGUUACAAUUGCAAGUGGAGGUGUUCUUCCUAACAUUAACCCAGUUCUGUUGCCUAAGAAAUCGGCAGUUGCCGAGGAGAAGUCACCUAAAGCUAAGGCAGGAAAGUCACCGAAGAAGGCAUAAGUCUCAUUUAGAAGUUUCAUUGUCGGGUUAAAUAUGCGUCAAAUCUUUUGUCUAGUUUAUGGGUACUUCUAGCAGUAGGACGUAGAUUUCUGUUAUGGUUUUUAUAACCUUGGUGUAAUGUGCUUGGAAAUAUAAUAGAAAUUAUCUCAUUUUCUACCA